UUCACCCCUAGGGGUGGGAGCAGCGGAGCUGCUGGCCAUCGCGGGUUCGGUUGGUGUAGUUCUGCGCAAGGCAGCGAUGCGCAGUGUAGUCCGGUCACCGGUGAAGUGGCAGUGGCGCUUCCCGCCGCUGCUGCGCAACCUAGAUCGGUAGGUGUGUUGGUGGGGGCGGCUGGCUGCGGCGAACCUCGUGAGCCGAGCCGGGUCCCCCCACCCUGUUUAUAUAGCGCAGCGCGACAGGGGCCCACUACCCAUUGAUAGGGUAAGCGCCCCCGAUCAGGGCGCAGAUCAAGGUCCUGAUUGGCCUUUGGGCCAAUCGGGAAAGAGAUCAAUCUAACAGGACCGGCAAGAGCUGCCGGCUCCGGUGGCUCAACUACCUCAAGCCUGACAUCAAGCGCGGCAAUCUCACGCCGGAGGAGCAGCUCCUAAUCCUUGAGCUCCAUUCCAAGUGGGGAAACAGGUAACUGAUCAAUAAGCAUAGAGUUUAUAUUGUAGUAUGAGCAUGUAAAACAUUGAUUUGGAUCAUUCAGUUUAUAUGAUUUCUUUUUCUUUGAAAAAAAUAACAUGUAUAUGCAUAUGUGUGCAGGUGGUCGAGGAUAGCGCAGCACUUGCCGGGGCGGACGGACAACGAGAUCAAGAACUACUGGCGGACGCGGGUGCAGAAGCAGGCGCGGCAGCUCCGCGUCGACGCCAACAGCGCCGUCUUCCGUGACGCCGUCCGCUGCUACUGGAUGCCGCGCCUGCUCGAGAAGAUGGCCGCCGCCACCGCCACGAGCGCGCACCAGGUGGAUCCGGCGCUGCUGCACCCAGCCGCGCACAUCGCCGGCGGCAUGGCCUCCGCCGACGCCUCCUCGCCGGUCCACGUCGGCGGUCACCAGGACGCGGCUACUAACGCGCCGGGCAGCGGCGGGUACAGCCACCACGGCCCCCAGCGCUACCCCGUCGACCCGAGCCCGAGCACGUCGACGUCCGGCGGCUCCGGCUCGACGUCGGCCGCCGCGCUCCCGCCGGUGCCCUGCUUCUCCGAGCUGAGCUGGGUCGACCAGUACGGCCCCUACGCCGACCUCGACGGCGGCGCGUUCGACGCCGCGGCGCUGGGGGGCCUCGGCCUCGACGGGCUGGACCUGGGCCCGGCCGACUCCGACUUCUACUCGGACUCGACGCUGCUGGACUACCUCAACUCGACCUGCUGCACCGGCGGCGGCGCCAUGAUGACGACGAUGAUGAGCGGCGUCAACGCCGCCCACAGCAGCUGCGGCGGCAUGGGCGGUCAGGACGGAGACUACGGGUCGUCGUGGCGGGCGGACGACAUCUGCCAGGCGGCGGCGAGGAAGCUCGGCGAUCACCAGUGGGGAGGAGGAAUCUAGAAGCAAUCGAGAGGUUAAAGCCUAGCUAGCUAGCUAGCCAGAAGCACGAUGGGUGCAUCAGGUUGCUUCUUGCGACGUCUCUCUCUCCUAAAGCGACGAUCGGGAUGUCACACUAGUUAACUAGUGGAGCUAAGCUAGCAGCUACCUAGAUGCAUUGGUGGCGAUCAUCAAGACGUCCCGGACCGAUCCAUCGAUUGAUUGAUCGAGAUUCUCAGCUGUUAAUUUGAUCGUUUCAUGGUUUGUGUAGAAGCUGUAGUUGAUGGUGCACGUACGCAUAUGUGUGUGUAGUUGUGUACACGUGUUGUCACUUUUCAA